ACUAGCUGCAUUCUUGGUCGAAGCACAAUAUUUUCAACGCAAAGUAAAAACAGAACUCGUUUUUUUUUAUUCAAAACCUAGACCUGCCGACAAAAAUUUCCAUAGCAAGAUGCUGACUAAACGUUUUGGCUGUGUUUUUUUUUGGUGAUAUUUGUAAAUUAGGAUGCUUUGUUAUCUCGGCAGUCGAUGCCGGCAGGUUGUAGGAACGUCGCUGGCAGCAUCAUACCUCCGCCAACGACCCUCGCCUCCCCCCUCCCUCAUUCUCAACCUCGUCAACUACGUCAAACACAAGACUCACGGUGGACUUGAUCAGGCAGUGGACGUGGGCUGCGGGUCAGGCCAGAUAACACGGGCCCUGGCCCCCAACUUCAGGACCGUCCUGGGUCUGGACGUCUCGCAGGCCCAGCUCGACAUCGCCCAGUCCGUGCCGAAUCCUGCCAAUGUAUCCUACUGCCUCCUAAAAGGCGAGGAUCCGUACCCUGUGGAGGAUGAGUCUGUUGCGCUAGUGACCUCUUGUAUGGCUGCUCAUUGGUUCGACAUGCCAAAGUUCUUCACUCAAGUUGACAGGGUUCUCGUCAAAGGCGGGGUGCUCGCACUGAUUGGCUAUCACAUCCCACAACCCCAAUGGCCUGGCAAGACCCAGGUUCUGAAAGACAUUAUGUAUGAUUUCUACUGGAACAAAAUCGGCCAGCAUUUCGGACGAACAGCGCGAGACGAAAUCGAUCUCGAGUACCGGACACCAAAAUACGCUUGGCCCUCAGCCCACGAAAUUCUCAGGGAGUCAGCUCAUCACACCGACGUGGUGAUGUCACUGGCAUCACUAGGUGACUAUGUCACCACCAUGAGUGGAUACACUGGAUACCGUCACCAUUACGGUGAUGAAGCUGCGCAGACCAUCAAAAACGACCUACUGCGCAGACUCCUGACUGCCCUUGAGGUGCCAUCGUCAGCCGAGGACACAAUGCUGCCUAUGCGCUUCCAUUACUUCGCCUCCUACGCCAGCAAGCAGCCCUGACUGCUGGUGGUUGAUACAUACAUAAACUAUCAUUUAUUACUCAUAUUAUAAGUUUACUUAUAUACUUAUAUAAUUAUAAUUAACUUACUAUCACAUAUCUAUAUAAAGGUACAUGGGUUUUAAAGUUAUUUAUUACGACGUGGAGAAAAUCUGUCGAAAAAUUCCCCAAUCAUCGUGUAUUCAGCAUUGUGUACUGCUGUGGUAUUCAACAACAAACAAAAAUUGUUCCCGCGGGAAAAAUGUCAGUCGGCAUCUAAUUUUCAUUUUACUAACUUUUUAACUAUAGAUAACUAACAUCAUAAAAACCGCACAAAUCAUUAUAAUUUUAUAUAUAUUUUUUCAUUAAUUUUCACAUCGUUUUUAUUGACUCAUCGUGAAGAAUUCCCACAUCGUCGAGGAGUUAUAGUUAUUGGAGGUAAUUUCGAUUUUAUUAAAAUAAUUCCAAAGUUAUUUAGUAAUUCCAGCAUUUCUUAGAAAUUCCUACAUCAUAGUUCCAACGAACAAUAACUGCUUACAAUUGUUUUUCGUUUCACUUUCUUAUGUUAUGUAACUCACAAUAUCCUGAAAGUUACGGAAAAUUAAAACAAAAAGGUUGAGAUAAUUUCUUGGGUACUACAAAUAAAAAAUAAAAAAUACUAUAUAAUGUAU